CUUAACAGUAAAAGAAAACAGAUAUAAAUUUCAGUGACCUUUUCUGUUUCAAAACUGAUACGAAGUCCAGCGCCGGUGACUAAUCUUUGCUGUCGCGCAUGUUUCCGCUUCACCACUCUCUUCAACUACUGCCGUGCCGUGCCUAUAACUGGACCGCCCGAAUCCCCAAACCAUCAAACGGUAGCUGCGUCGUGCUCGCCGGAGCUAAUUAGGUACUCGUAGAAGGGAUAAAUAAGAAGGAAUGGAGGAAUCGCAUCUGGAUUACGUGUUGGUGCCGCUGGGAGUACUGUUGAUGCUUCUCUAUCACGCUUGGCUUCUCUUCACGAUCCUUCGUCAUCCAACACGCACUGUCAUCGGCAUCAACGCUCAAUCUCGCCACCAGUGGGUUCACGCCUUGAUGACUGAUCCCCUGAAGAAUGGUGUUCUAGCAGUCCAAACCCUACGCAACAACAUAAUGGCAUCGACUCUUCUAGCAACCACAGCAAUCACUCUCAGUUCUCUGAUCAGUGUUUUCGUGAGCAGCACAUCGAGUGCAACCAACUCUGCAUCAAAGCUGGUGUACGGCAACAAGACUUCCUUCGUUUCAUCAGUCAAGUACUUCUCCAUCCUGCUGUGCUUCCUCGUGGCAUUUCUCUGCAACGUGCAAUCGAUUCGAUACUAUGCACACGUCAGCUUCCUGGCCACCGUGCCAUCCUCGACUGGCAGUAAGGACGCUGUGGAGUAUGUGGCCAGAAACUUGAACAGGGGAAGCUUCUUCUGGUCCCUUGGAUUGCGAGCGUUUUACCUGUCGUUCCCUCUAUUUCUAUGGAUCUUUGGUCCCAUACCAAUGUUUGUUUGUUGCUGGAUGAUGUGUUUCACCCUCUACUUCUUGGACACUACGACCAGUUUUACCAGGCAGCUUCACUCUUACUCGUUUAGGGAGAAGAUGGAUUCUGUGGAUGUCGAAUCGACAGGUGACCGCUCCCUCUGAGUCUUAGACUUGAAUGGCAUGUGGUGUGUACGUAAGAUGUAUCUGACGUCAAUUUAGCUUUGACAUGAGUGUUUGUUCUUCUGUGUAACAUAAGAAGACUGAUGAUGUUUAGUAACCAUGGUACCUUGUUUGAUGGAUGUUUUCUUGAGGACUGGUCUAUUCUGCAUCCAGGAGAAUAGCAGGCCAGCCGGCCUGGGAACAUUUAUUAUUAGUAUCUAAUUUUCAAAAGGUCGCUG